AUGCGUUACCCAUGUAUUGGUUUUCCAUCUUGUUUGAAAACAUUUGAGAAUGGUUAUGUUCUUCGCAAUCAUCAACUAUCCUGUGAACAUGCACAAAGAGAAAUAAAUAAUAGAUAUAAUCGUCAAGAACAUGCUCGAACAAUUCGAUAUGAUUAUACGAUUAAUGGAAUGAAAAUGAAUCAAUUUUAUCCAACAGCACACGGUUUAGAUCAUGUGGAAAAAUUACAUUUUCGUAAUUUUUCUAAAGCUGGAUAUACAACAAAACAAGAACCAUAUCGAAGUCGUCUUCUCCCACUUGAUUCAUUAGUAGUCAAAAAUCAAGCAAGAUCAACGGCAAUGGAUUUUAGCGGCUAUUAUACAUAA